AUGCUGGGACACGAGGACAUCCCUGGGGCAGAAGGGUGUCCCCGGGGGGGGGUGCUGGGGCAAGAGGAUGUCCCCGGGGCAGAUUCCAGAGCUGGGGCUGACUCAGCUCAGCCCUGCAGCAUCACGUGGAGCCGGGAGGGAGCCACUGCUGCGUGUCCCCCCCCUCCGCCACCCGUCCCCUCCUUCCCUCCAGCCCUGUGCAGACCCGGGCGACUGCCAAAAUUUUCCAGCUGCCUCGUAACUUCCUCAAUCCAGCGGCAUAAAAGAGCUGCAGACGCAGCAGCCGCAUCCCCCGGACUGUGCCGUUCCCCUGUCGAGAGCGCGAUGCUGGGGAUGUGGUGGCCCACGCUGCUGGCCCUGCUGGUCCCCGCGGUGGUGGCCCAGCUACACCCUGAGCGGGAGCUGGACGCCCAGUGGGACCUGUGGAAGAAAACCUAUCGCAAGCAGUACAACGGCAAGGUGGACGAGGUGGCACGGAGGCUGAUCUGGGAGAAGAACCUCAAGUACAUCAACAGCCACAACCUGGAGCACGCGCUGGGCGUCCACACCUUCGAGCUGGCCAUGAACCACCUGGGUGACAUGACCAGCGAGGAGGUGGUGAGGACGAUGACGGGUUUGAAGGUGCCCCGCGAUCGCCCACGUCGCAACGAGACGCUCUACGUCCCCGACUGGACCGAGAGAGCCCCGCCUGCCGUGGACUGGAGGAGGAAAGGCUACGUGACGCCCGUCAAGAACCAGGGCCAGUGCGGCUCGUGCUGGGCAUUCAGCUCGGUGGGCGCGCUGGAGGGGCAGCUGAAGCGGAAGACGGGGAAGCUGCUCUCCCUCAGCCCCCAGAACCUGGUGGAUUGCGUGGCCAACAACGACGGCUGCGGCGGCGGCUACAUGACCAACGCCUUUGAGUACGUCCGGCAGAACCGCGGCAUCGACUCGGAGGACGCCUACCCCUACAUCGGCCAGGACGAGAGCUGCAUGUACAGCCCCACCGGGAAGGCGGCCAAGUGCCGCGGCUACCGGGAGAUCCCUGAAGGCAACGAGAAAGCUUUGAAGCGGGCUGUGGCCAGGAUUGGACCCGUCUCCGUGGGCAUUGACGCCAGCCUGCCCUCCUUCCAGUUCUACAGCCGCGGUGUGUACUACGACGAGAGCUGCAACGCUGAGAACAUCAACCACGCGGUGCUGGCGGUGGGCUACGGCACGCAGAAGGGCACCAAGCACUGGAUCAUCAAGAACAGCUGGGGCGAGGAGUGGGGCAACAAGGGCUACGUCCUCUUGGCACGCAACAUGAACAACGCCUGCGGCGUCGCCAACCUCGCCAGCUUCCCCAAGAUGUGAGCGCUCCUGGCCCGCGCCGCGUCCAGCAGCCUCCCCCCUUCCCCGCCUUCACACCCGGCCUUUUUGCUUCCCGUCGCUGAAGCCGACAUCUCUCCGGGGGGGAAAAUCUCCGCCUCCCCAUGAGAAAUCUUCCCCCGGGGAGAGGGGAGAGACCUCCGGCUGCGGAUGAACAGUGCGAUGAGAUCCCCCCAACUCUUGUUUUCCUGGGACUCCUGUGCCGGGUUCUGCCUUCCCGGGGUCGGGCUUGGCCGGCUCCAGAGAGUCUGAUCCGUCCGGAGACACUUGUGCAAACAGGUCCCACAUCGGCCUCUGCCUCCGGGAACGCGGGUGCACGGGG